AUGUAUACUUCCGUUCCUCUCGCAUUCACAGUUUGGGAAGAAAAAGUCAACAAGACAUCGCAACAACCAACAACCAGAUCCCAGAGAGCAAGAGGAAGCUCAGACAACCCACAAACAGCAACCCCACUGACGUCAUCCCGACAAGAAAGGAUAGCAGCACCACCUCCCUUUCCCCAACCAGACGUAACCCGACUCCACACCAGAGAACAAGCAGACACUUUCUACAAAGCCAGAACACGUUGGCUACAGUACUAUGCAGGAAGCCACCCACAGCUACUGCCCACAACACAACACAAUCCCCCAGUAACUGUAGAAAACCUCUACGACGAGAAUGACUUUGAAGAGUUUGCAGCAAGCGGCGACCCAAUACCACCUCCCACUCCACAGAUACUCCCCGCCGCACCUGCUCCAUCCCACAUCCCACCACCACACACCAUGUCUAACGCUGCAGCCCCAAAACCCACAAUGAUCGGGAAAAUUGAUGACUUCGAUGGAACCCCAGAUAAAGCCCAAAGGUGGAUAUUGUCCACUGAUCUACACUUUGGGAAGCCCCCACACAAUCCAAAUCCUGACAGAUCACAAGAACCUGACGUACUGGCAAGAAGCCAGGAAACUCACACCACAACAAAGAAGAUGGCAGCUGGAACUGUUGCAAUACAUGUUACGAUAACACAAUUUCCGGACAUCUCCUUUCUCUUUUAUUCUCCGCUUUAA